AUGGAACACAAAUCAGCCAAUACCGAGCGAAUGACCGGCCCCAAACGCAAGCGAGACACUAUACUAGAGGAUGCCCCCAAUCCAAAACGCAGAGAACUCUCUAGCGACCAUGAAGCCCUAAAGGUUGAGGAAAAACAAUCCACCUUCCUUGGCCUUCCACCAGAACUCCGCAACUCCAUCUACGCCCUCGUCUUCACAUUCGGAGACUGUAAACCAUACAAUCCCGUCCCAGCCUAUCGUGGCCUCCACUCAUGUCAAUGCCGUGGCCAGACCCUCAUGCGUGUCUGUCGCCAAACCCGCAAAGAAACACUCGCGCUCUUCUACCAGAAUCACGAAUUCCGCCUCUUGCUCAGCGAUGAUCACAAGCUUGCCGUUCAGACAUGGCUGGACUCAUUGGCCCCUGAUGCUUUCAAUCACAUCAAGCGAUUUCAAUUUCGACAGAAGGAGAGACGGUACGAAGGGCAGUAUUGGCGGUGGACCAAUGUUUAUGCAACUUUCGUGAUUGGCGAGGCAGAUGUGGAGGUUGCGGUCGUGGUUACGUCGGAGGCGACAGUCUCUCGUUCUACUCAUGAGAAGGUCGAGAUGGAGGCGUCCGAAGAGUUGGAGGCUUCUUUCAAGAAGGUUGCUGCGUCAAUGGACAAAGUUGAAGGAAGGCCAGUUCUGACGAGAGCGAAGAUGUUGGAGUUGCUGGAGGUUGUUGGGUGGAAACCAUCAAAGUGA